AUGAGCGACAACCUUCAGGCGCUGCGUGGAUGCUUCCCGGGUCCCAAAGACACGCCGUACGAAGGGGGCCUCUUUGAUGUCGACAUUCAGUUAGACAACCAAUACCCCUUUGUGCCGCCCAAGAUGAGGUUUCUCACAAAAGUGUGGCACCCAAACAUAAGCAGCCAAAAUGGAGCCAUCUGCUUAGAUAUACUGAAGGACCAGUGGAGCCCUGCUUUGACCAUAAAAACGGCUCUCUUGAGUCUGCAGGCAUUGCUGUCUUCACCACAGGCUGACGACCCUCAGGUGAGCAAGGGCCAAUGGUGGCCCACUGCUACAUUAGAGGUAGGAAUACUGCAAUAUGUCCCACACCCCUUUCGGAAGGCAGCAGUGAAGCAGCAGGAGUGGCCAUUGGCGCAAAUCAAUGUGCCCCAGCCUUGCUGA